GAUUAAUUCGCAUUUCGUGUGACAACUUAAGCAUUCACAAUUAUUUGCUUCUUAUUCGAUCGUGAAAGAAACGAGACGUUAGUGCGUGCACGUGCACGUGCACGCGCACUCGUAACAAAGGAGGCGAAUAAAAUACACGCGCAGAGAAUUAAUCGGUCAUGAGACUGAAGUAAAAUGCGUCAUCGUGUAUUCGUGUGCACGCAUCAUCUUUAUUCAUCCUUCGCGUCACGUACAACGGUACAACACGUGCUCGGUGCCGAUCCCGAGCGUUUCUGCAUCAAAUCCGUUAAAAGUCCUGAAAGCGGAUGCGCGCGCACUCGGCGGCCAUCUUUGGCAACUGGUGUGUGCUCGUAUUUUGGCGGUUUACCAGUUGCACGCGGCACACGUACCGCGUUUAAUGGUGGAGUGGUUGCACUCGUAUCGGCGAACGCACGAUCGCUAACAAUCGCGUCGCGUGGUGAACAGUGGCAAAGGGGAACGUUUCUCAGUGAGAAGUGAGAGAGAAAAAGGAAACGAGCGUGGCGAGGACCAGGAGGACGAGGAGGCAGCCAGCGGGAUGGAGGCGCACACUCCGAAGCGGGAGUCGCGGCCCCCGGCGGAGGCUUUGACUUGCAGCCCGUCAAUGAACGACACGUUGUUCUUCCCGUGGAACUGGGGCGAGGUGGCGCGCAACGCGAAUCUCAGCCCGGCCAGCUCGUGCUCCUCGCCGGAGUACCGGGAGCACGGCGCGGGCGGUGCGGGUAGCGGCGGUGGCGGCGCCGGUGCGCGGGUGCCGGGUGCCAGCGCCGAGAGCCACCGCCGCGGCCGGCCGCGUGCCGACGCUCUCUCGAAUCUCAUGAUGCAAGGCAGCACGUCGCCGAGCAACAUCAAGUGCGGCUACUGCCACCGGGUGUUCCCGCGCGAGAAGAGCCUGCAGGCGCACCUGCGCACUCACACAGGAGAACGUCCAUAUCCAUGUGAUUAUCCCGGAUGUACAAAGGCCUUCACUCAAUCUGGACAAUUGAAAACUCAUCAACGAUUACAUACGGGGGAGAAACCAUUUCUAUGCACCGAACCAGGUUGCGAAAUGAGAUUUACUCAUGCCAACAGACAUUGUCCCGACCAUCCCUAUGCCACCCUCACAAGAUCAGAUGACUUCGUACUAAAGCCGGUAUCUGAAAAUACAGAUUUGCCACACGAUGUUAGUCGAUGGCUGGAGCGUUACAAGAUGUCCAGGGAACGGGAAGACAGAACACCGACUGGGAAAAACGAACGGAAGAAAAAGAUGUGGAAGAGCAGUGCCGAGAAUCAUAAAAGAGUGAAAUCCAGAAAGGGCCUGAUGAUGGACCUGGCGGGGGAACAGGAAAAUCUCGAUCGUAAACCAUCCAGCCAGCGGUUAUAUUGCGAGGAGAAUCAGGACAGCCAGGACAGUCAGGAUAGUCAGGAUAGUCAGGAGGAGAGCCAGGAUGAGGAUCCAACGGACACAUGCUGCGCAAUACUGCAAACAUCCGAGGAUGAGGAAGUGUCGAGUGCAAAAUUGGCGGCAUUGAGAAGACCCCUGGACAGACUACAACCAAAGAAACGAUGGCUACGAAAUGCUUGUUUAGAACAACAAUUAAGCGGGAACGUUAGAGCAAACAAUGUAGGGUCUGUAUACAAGAUCGACGAGAAGCAGACUUUGGAUGGAUCUACGGAGUCGUCCGAGAUCCAGUGGUACACGACACUUGUCGAUAAUUCUGUCGUGGACGAGAACAUAUUCACAUCGAGUACGCAAAAUGAAUUGGCAACUUCAAACACACAAACACCAGAACAUUCGUACCGUUCUUCUUCUGAAUUGUACUGGGAUAUGAACAGUAAUAAUAAUGAAUCUUCCAAAGCAAUGCAUGAGGAGAAUGCAUAUGAUGUUACACGCCCUCUGAGCCACGUGCAGUGGGACUCAUUGAGUAACCUGCCAAGUGAUCGGAACGAUUUUACAACUGGUAUCGACAAAUCCGCCGUGUUUCAAGAGCCCGAGUCAAUUCAUUUGCCUUUUGACUACACAGAACAAAUCGUUCACGGAGGGACAACGUAUCAGGAUACGCUGAUCAAUCCCUGUAUCAGUGAGAACGAGACUAGACCGACGGUUCUGAUGUUGGCUGGAAGUUCAAGUAACAGUAAGGAGAUCGUCUCAAAAGCACACGUCGCAACUGCGGAUGCUGGCACAACGGAGGUGAAAGCAGUCGCAGUUAAGGAGAAAGACAAUACAAUUAAAACCCCGAUACAAGAAGACAAUAAAAAGUGGUUGGGUGCCUUGGCGUUGAUGGAGCUGGCUAAGGCGCAAGAAAAGGAGAGAAUAGAUCUUAAGCAUGACACAAAGGACGAAUGUUCGAUGACUGUGGAAUCAAAUAAUAGCCAUUUAUAGAGACUGUGAUUAUUGGUUACUUUAUUAUUUUUAUACGCGCGAGGAAUGAAUGAUGGGUCUUGUUCGUUCACGUAACAUACAGUCCAUUUAUCGGCAUAAAUAAUGUAAUGAAGACUUUUUACUAUGAAACACAUCUGUUUUCUUUCUCUUUGAUUAUUGUUACUCUCUAACUCUUAUUUUUUAUUAUUACUAUUAUUGUCAUGUAUAUUGAAUUACAUUUGUUUUACUUCUGAUGUUUCAUGGAACUGUUCUCAAUUUUAUGCACAUAUUAAUUUAUAAAAAUGCUACGCGUCAACUAACAAAAUUUAUACUGUAAAAAUACUAUUAAAAUAAUGUGAACAUAUAUUUGUAAAACAAGAUAGUUAUAUUUCAUCAUUACAAUAUUCUUUCACACACGGUAUAAUGAGAAAUUUCAAAAAACAAAUGUGUCUCAAAUUAUAGUAUCUUUUUCUUAUUACUUCUUAUCUUGCAUAUUAAUUGUUUUUCACAUAUAAAAUUGAUUUAAAAGAGUAUUGUAAUAAUAAGUUCUGUUUUUCUUUGUUCGUGAUGUAAAAAGAAACAACGUUGUGUAAGCAUGGUAAAAGCAUAAGUAUAGAAAACCAACAAUGCUUGCAGUUAUUGUUAUGUAUUUCAUUAAAAUAGAGAUUUGUGUGAUACUUUAGUUAUACACUUACUACGUAAGGAAAUUACGAAGUAAUGUCAAGAAUGUGAAAAUGAGUUUAUAGAGUAUUUAAUUGGAACAAAAACUUAGUUGCUAUGUAUUAAGUAUAGAGAUAUAAGGAUAGAUAUAAAGAAAUAAAAUAGAAUCCCGAAGUUAA